GCUGAUGAUGAGUCGCGCGUAUGUAUUGCUAUGGUAACACGGAACAUACGGAACGUGGAAUAGCGAUUCGGUUGUUUCUUUAUCUCAUAGAUUCAGCUGCGAGCGUCAGCUGUUCAAUAUGGAAUAGGGGGUACAGUCACUUGUAGGAAUCGUUCGAAGUCGAACUACUUGGUCGUUGGUCCCUAUAAUAUAAACGUGCGCGUGCGUGUGUGUUUGUGUAAGAGAAAGAAGCAGUGAGUUGAGAGUGAGAGUGAAGGAAGGGAGGAAAGAGGAGAGGAGUGGGAAGGAGAGAAAGCGAGAAGAAGAGAGAGCGAAAGCGUGAGGGAGGCAGAAAAGCGAAUCAAGGAGAGUAAGCAGACGGAGAGGAGCAAUCGUACGAGCACCAUACGUGCGAUUUAUGCAAAAUCUCGCGCGCAACGUGGAUGUAUUGACGCAAGGAUUAAAAUACGGCAUAUCUGGCCUCAUGAACCUCACAAAUCAGACUGCCGAUCCUCCAAGUGGUGUUUUCUUUGUUAAUUUUAAUCAGGACUGCACAUCUUUAGCAGUAGGAUCAAAGGCAGGGUAUAAACUCUUUUCUCUCAGCUCCUUCGAUCAACUCGAGAAAAUAUAUGAAAAUGAUACAGAGGAUAUUUGUAUCGUUGAAAGAUUAUUCAGCAGCAGUCUUGUUGCAGUUGUUAGUUUAUCAUCUCCCCGUAAACUUAAAGUGUGUCACUUUAGAAAAGGAACAGAAAUUUGCAAUUACAGUUAUUCUAAUACCAUUUUGGCUGUGAAACUUAAUAGAGCGAGAUUGGUAGUAUGUUUGGAAGAGUCAUUAUACAUUCAUAAUAUAAGAGACAUGAAAGUAUUACAUACAAUACGUGAUACACCACCAAAUCUUGCAGGACUCUGUACACUUUCAAUAAACAGUGACAAUUGUUAUCUAGCCUACCCAGGUUCAAAUACAAUUGGAGAAGUUCAGAUAUUUGAUGCUAUUAAUCUUCAAGCUAAAACAAUGAUACCUGCACAUGAUAGUCCUCUUGCUGCUCUUGCAUUCAGUCCCAAUGGCACCAAAGUUGCUACUGCCUCUGAGAAAGGGACUGUAAUUAGAGUUUUUCAUGUAAAUGACGGAACAAAAUUAUUUGAAUUUCGUCGUGGAGUUAAAAGAUGUGUGUCCAUUAGCAGUCUGGCCUUUAGUAUGGAUUCUAUGUUCCUUUGUUGCUCUAGUAAUACCGAAACUGUACACAUUUUCAAAUUAGAAGAACCAAAAGAAGCGCCUCGACAAGCUCAAGCAGAAGAAUCACAAAGCUGGAUGGGCUAUUUAACAAAGGCUGUAUCUGCAUCAGCGAAUUAUUUGCCUUCGCAAGUAACAGAUGUUUUUAAUCAAGGACGUGCAUUUGCUAGCGUUCAUUUACCAUUUUACGGUUUAAAAAAUAUUUGUGCCAUUACUGUGACACAUAAGGUACCAAAGCUAUUGGUAGCUAGUGCCGAUGGUUAUUUGUAUGUAUACAAUUUGGAUAUAACAGAGGGAGGAAAUUGUACACUUUUAAAACAACAUAGGUUAGAUGGUAAACAAGAUGAAGUAGAUUGUGCUACUGUUUCUUCAACUGGUUCUGGCUCUGGAGAAGCACAAGCAACAGCUACAGCAUCUGUACAAACAGUACAAAAUUCAGCCUGCAUAAAUAGCUACGCGGGUGCGUUACGUGGUCGUUCGCCAGACUCCAUGUCAGGUACUGAAUCAGAGAAAUAUUAUGAGAUGAUAGCAGCAGCCGAAAGUCCACCAAAAAGUAGAGGACCAUUCCGACUGGAUGAUGAUACAGAAUUUCCUCCUGUUACACAAAGGACAGAUUGAAGAAAAUAAUUAAGGCAUAUCAUAGGAAUUAUGUCAAGAUUUAGAAUAUAUAGUGGUGAUUGGAAAACGUGGAGAGCAUAUUAAAGUGCAGAUUGUUCAGAAUUUAAGAACAUGUUUCACACUUCGGCUUCAGUAAGAUCAACAAUUAGGUGACAUUACCAAGAAUGUUGCACAUUUAAUAUAUAAGGGAAUUGAUAAAAGCAAAUCUUUUUACAUGAUCAACUAUUUGUUCUUAAUAAACCAACAUAAUUUUUUCAGUAAUAUUACCGUACAACCGAAUUAAAAAUUUAUGCGAUAUCUUUUCACUAUAUAUUAGAAAGCAUGUAAGUAGUUAUAGAAGAUAUAGUAAUUCAAUUGAGGUUGUUAAUUAUACUAUUUUGAAAAAAAUAUGUAAGUACUAUCAUCAGUAUUUGGUAAGAAUGUUUUCGUAAAUUUACAUGAAAUAAUAUUUAGAUGAUAAACUAUUUUUACCAAAUAUAAAUGUUUGUGUUAAAAUAAGGUAUAAAAAUAAGUGCAAUUUAUUUGCAAAUAUCAAUCAGAAAUUAAAAUAUAUUAAAUUAUCAUUAAUAAUUAUCUAAUAAGGGUCAUUUUAUAAUUUACUAGAGCUAAGUUGAUUUAUUUUGGAGAUAAAAUUUAUUUUUUUCAUAGCUCUCUUGGGAAUCGGUAAUAAAGUUAUGGGAAUACUAUUAUAUUUUACCAAAAACUAAUUGUAUUGGUCUUUAAUUAUGUGUUGUUUGUGUAACAUUCUGCUGUGUUUAUAAGUAUAUAUACUUAUAUUAAAUAUUACUCAUGUAUUUUCUUGGAUUGCUGCAUUUUUAGUUUUAGUAUUGUUGUUCGUGUCUGAUGAUCAAUUAUUGGAGCUUUUUUUUUUAAUAGAAGAAUAAAAAACACAAAAAUUACACUUGAAAAGUUUCAAAAAUAUGUUAUCCUUUGUAAAUUUUUAAGUAAUAUGAAAUUUUUCAAGAAAAAUCAUAACUUUCAAUGAAAAUGUGAAAUAAUUAUAAAUGAUUCUUCAUAAAUAUUUGAUAAAAAGUUUAGACUUUCUAUAGCAUUUUUUUUAGAAUUCCAGACAAAUUUUAUUUCUAUGUACUUCUCUCCAUAUUAAAAAAUUGACAGUUUAUGUGUAAGAAAUAUUAAUCUAUAUCAAUUUUAAUUUGUCAUUUGUCAGCAAAAGACAAAUUUGAAAACAAUAUAUAUAUGAUAAUCAGAUUUUUUGAAAAUUAGAAAUUCAGUUUGUUUAUAAUCUUACAUUUUGUUUUUGCCAAUCAUUAAUGUAACACUGUUCAUCUCUUAAUAUGGAACAAAGAUGUAUAUUAUAUUGUAAGUUUUAUUUAUGUAAUAAUCUUUGUAUCAUUUAAAUUCUUUCAUAUUUUAUUUUUCUUUAAGUAUCUGCCCCUUGCUUUGGGCAUUGCAAUAUGGUGACUAUAAAAUAAGUUCUUGAUUUAUUUAUGUAUAAUUAUGUAGAGACUGUAGAUGAUCUAGUUUUUGAAGUUAUACUUACAAGAAUUGUACUUUUAUAUUAUGAAUAACUUUUCUACUCAUAAUUGGUGCCAAGAUAUAAUUUCUUUUUAAUCAAUACUUAUAUUGGUAAAUAUAACUUGUCUGUUUAUAUAAUAUUAGGACAGAGCACCAUUGUAUGUAUUUUGUCAUAACACUUUUUUGCGUAUAAAAUAAUUUGAGAACUAUGUAACUUCUAAAUUAUACUAGUAAGUUCUCUUUUGAAUGAAAGGCACUUGGUGCAACAAUUACCCAUUAAAUUAUAUUUCAAUGAUGUGUCUUUUUUGCUAUUUUGUACUAACGAGUCUUGUUUAGAGAAUAGUUAUACUUUUAUAAAAAUAAAUAAAGAUGCUAAUAUCUGAUGUACAUAUAUUCAUGUUAAAGCUUGAACGUUUAAAAUAUUACUUCUAAUAUUUCUUAUUAA